UUUCUGCAAAAUAUAGAGACCAAGACGACGUCGCUUUCGUUUCAAGCUCCAAGUUGCCAAAACUUUCCACUCUCAAGUCUCAGAAAGUCCAAAGUUAAUGCUGCAUACCCAACCAACACCUUUCCAAGAGAGAAUCAAAUCUCUCUCGCAACCCGAUAACGACCACAGAGAAGGAAGCAAAGUCUACGACGGCGUGGGAGGGGGCAACCGGAGGGAUGUCUCCCACGUCGACAUAACACAAGAAAUUCGAUUUCUCGGAUUCUAUUGUGGUUUUAAACUGGUGGAUUGAGUUAGUGAGAGUACAUCAUUUACUCAACUUGUCCUCAUCCUUGAAAAACUUAUUCCAAGCAUAAAUGCGCGAGAGAAAGAGGGAGAGAGAAGGGCGUUAGUGAGAUUAAUUCUUAACGGGCAUGUGAAAAGAGGAAUUUUUGUUGCAAUUGAGGGUGUGGUGGGGUUAAAAUUUCUCAAUUAAAGAGAAAAUUCCCUAAAGAUGGAGUCUUGCAAUUGUAUUGAACCACAAUGGCCAGCUGAGGAGCUGUUGAUGAAGUAUCAAUAUAUAUCGGAUUUCUUCAUUGCACUAGCCUAUUUCUCUAUCCCUUUAGAGCUCAUUUACUUUGUUAAGAAAUCUGCUGUCUUUCCUUAUAGAUGGGUGCUUGUCCAGUUUGGUGCUUUCAUAGUUCUUUGUGGUGCAACUCACCUUAUUAACUUAUGGACUUUUAGUAUGCAUUCACGAACUGUGGCAGUUGUGAUGACCACAGCCAAAGUUUUGACUGCUGCUGUGUCUUGUGCCACUGCGCUUAUGCUUGUGCAUAUUAUUCCUGAUCUUUUGAGUGUUAAGACUAGAGAGCUGUUUUUGAAAAAUAAAGCUGCGGAGCUAGAUAGAGAGAUGGGUCUGAUCCGUACACAAGAGGAGACUGGUCGGCAUGUGAGGAUGUUGACUCAUGAAAUCAGAAGCACUCUUGACAGACAUACCAUAUUAAAGACUACUCUUGUGGAGUUGGGCAGGACACUGGCAUUGGAAGAAUGUACCCUGUGGAUGCCAACGCGUACUGGGUUGGAGCUUCAACUUUCCUACACUCUUCGUCAGCAGAACCCUGUUGAAUAUACCGUUCCUAUCCAGCUUCCAGUGAUUAAUCAAGUAUUCAGCAGUAACCGUGCUAUGAAAAUUUCGCCAAAUUCUCCAGUGGCUAGACUACGGCCUCUUUCUGGAAAAUAUAUGCCUGGAGAGGUGGUUGCUGUUCGUGUCCCACUCCUCCAUCUUUCUAAUUUCCAAAUUAAUGACUGGCCUGAACUUUCUACCAGACGCUAUGCUCUGAUGGUUUUAAUGCUUCCAUCAGAUAGUGCAAGGCAGUGGCAUGUUCAUGAGUUGGAGCUUGUUGAAGUAGUUGCUGAUCAGGUGGCUGUUGCUCUGUCACAUGCUGCUAUCUUAGAAGAAUCAAUGAGGGCAAGGGACCUUCUUAUGGAGCAGAAUGUUGCUCUUGAUCAUGCCAGGAGAGAAGCAGAAACAGCAAUUCGUGCUCGCAAUGAUUUCUUGGCAGUUAUGAACCAUGAGAUGAGAACACCAAUGCAUGCAGUUAUUGCACUUUCCUCCUUGCUGCAGGAAACUGAACUGACACCUGAGCAGCGUCUAAUGGUUGAGACAAUUCUUAGAAGUAGUAACCUUCUGGCUACUCUUAUAAAUGAUGUAUUAGAUCUUUCAAGGCUUGAAGAUGGCAGCCUUCGACUUGACUUAGGAAGUUUUAAUCUUCAUGCAGUAUUCAAGGAGGUUCUUAAUUUGAUCAAGCCUAUCGCAUCUGUUAAAAAGUUGCCUGUAACCUUAAAUUUAGCUCCAGAUUUGCCAGAAUAUGCCAUUGGUGAUGAAAAGCGACUAAUGCAAACUAUUUUAAAUGUUGUUGGUAAUGCUGUGAAGUUCUCAAAACAGGGAAGCAUCUCAAUCACUGCAUUUGUUGCAAAAUCAGAAUCUUUAAGAGACAGUCGAGCUCCUGACUUUUUUCCAGUGCCAAGUGAUAAUCACUUUUAUUUGCGUGUACAGGUAAAAGAUGCAGGACAAGGAAUUAACCCUCCAGAUAUUCCCAAGUUAUUUACAAAAUUUGCACAUGCUCAAACUUUGGCAACCAAAAAUUCCAGCGGCAGUGGACUUGGCCUUGCAAUUUGUAAGAGGUUUGUAAAUCUUAUGGAGGGACAUAUUUGGAUUGAAAGUGAAGGUCCAGGCAAGGGAUGCAUGGCUAUCUUCAUUGUAAAGCUUGGGAUUCCUGAGAACACAAGUGAAUCUAAGAACCCAUUCCUACCUAAAGCAAAUCAUGGACAGACAACUUUUCCAGGACUCAAAGUUCUUGUCUUGGAUGAUAAUGGGGUUAGCAGGAUGGUGACCAAGGAACUUCUUGUUCACCUGGGGUGCGAUGUGACAACUGCAAGUUCAAGAGAUGAGUGUCUACAUGUGGUUUCUCAAGACCACAAGGUAGUGUGUAUGGAUGCGGGCAUGCCUGAUGGUUUUGAAGCUGCUGUCUGUUUGCAUGAGAAAUUUACUAAACGGCACGAAAGGCCGCUAAUAGUGGCACUUACUGGAAACACAGACAAAGUGACCAAGGAGAACUGCAUGAGGGUCGGUAUGGAUGGCGUUAUACUGAAACCUGUUUCUGUUGACAAGAUGAGGAGUGUUUUAUCAGAGCUCCUUGAGCAUCGGGUUCUGUUUGAAGCAAUGUAAGUGGUUGUGAUAGAAAAAAGCACUAAUUGGAGAGAAGCAAAACAUGCAAGUCAUCUUCUGCCCUUUUUUGCGUGUACAUGCCAUAAAAGUAUCGCAUCAAUACAGUGAAGUGGAGCCCUGGCAAAAACAAUUCCAACGCGUCAUUGCUAAAAGCUAGUUCAUGUAAUCAUUCUGUGCAUCUACAUGUAAAAUCCGGGCAGAAAAAACAGUCCCGGAUUUGGGGAAAUCUGAGUGUCCUUGAAAAUGAAUUUUUUUUUUUGUUGUUGUUGUCGAUAAUUUGUGAAACAAACUGGUAUCAUAUAAUCAAAUUUCAUUUUUAAGGCAUAAAUAUCAUUUGACAUCUUCUUUGGUA